UCGUCACCGCCCAACAUCGGACUUCGGAGCCGCGCCACAGUCACUAAACAUUGUGUGUCUCCGGGGGACACACCCUGCCCGGAGAUAUUGGGGACUGUAAAAUGCGAUAUCGGGCUGCGGUGGAAUUUUGCCUAAACGGAAACGCAUCUUCGCGCGGUUCAAUUUCAUAACUUGUGAAUUCCGUGCACCAGGUACGACCCAGAGCCGCACCGUGUGACACACCUGUGUCCCCCCGGCAGCGUUGGCUUAUCAGUGGGAGCUGGCCGUCGGUCUCGCCCGAAGUUCAACGUUGCCCUCGGAGCAUAUCUACUGCCAGUGCGUGUAUUCGAUUUGCUGAUAGUGGCACUACGACCACGACGGUCUCUUCCCGACGAUAGUGUGCAACAACCUGCGUGGGCUAGAGGAGCAAUUGGUCUGCGGAGGAAAAUCAGUCCACAAACGGUUGCCCGUGAAGACGCCCGAGGGGUCUUGCUGAGUGUGCCGGGAUCCAAAGACACGAAGUGAGACAAUCGACCGGUAGAGUUGGUGGCGAGCAUGUGAAAGGAGUGCGAUCUUCGCGCAGACCAACAUUAAGAAGCAUGGCUCGAUCGUGCGUAGUGAUCGUGUAUUUCGUGCUGCUGUGUGGUGUGUGGCAGCAUGCGGCAAGUGGCUUCGAAGACGGAAGCGGCCUGCCGAAGGAAACGUACGAAGAGUACGAUGAUGACACACCGUACCAUCGACCGAUCGAGCACCCGAGCGACGAAGGUGAAAGCUUCGAAGCUGCCGGCCUGUUGGAGUACGACAUACUGGACCCGAUCACUGAUGAUGACAUUUUUUAUUCAGGAGACUACGACGACGUAGAGCCGCCGGACAACUCGUCUGAUCCAGCGCCGGAAGAACCGCCGGUGCGAGAGAAUCCGUCGAAGGAUUCUGAUCUGCACAGUGUCUCCCCCGUCAGUGUUCGACAUGAUUUCGAACCGAGUGAUAGCGAUCGUGCUGUCGAUAAUAAAACUACGCUCGGUCCGAUCAUGGUGCCAUCUGCCGCAGUGCUACUUGAAGCUGCUUCCACAAUGAAGGUCUUCGAAAUGUCCACAACCACCAGCAGUGGCAGUAGCAGUAGCGUAACACCAUCUGGCUCUUCUGAAAUGCCGGCGACCUCAGUGACUGGCGAGGACGAAAAUAAUUGCAAACGCUAUCAGAAAUUGGCCAACCAGCCGGUUUUUCGCAGCGAAACCGUGAACGUCAUCCGCAAGUGUUGUCCAAUCGGCGAGCGCCUGUUGCGAGACGGCACGAAGUAUGUGGAUUGCGGAACGGAAGACUUCGCGUCUGGACCGAUGAGUCCCACCUUCGACAUGCGACCCAUCGUAGCGCAGUUCUACGACGGAUGCAUCGAAGAUCUGGAGGAGGACAUUCAACUGAGCAUUGUCCUCGGUGACCCGUGCCCGAUGGACCGGGGCCUGUUGGCGUUCGGUGCGAAGACGAACGACACCCUGUACGUGAUUCAAAACGGAUCGUUGCUGGUAAUCUUUAACGCGGUCGAAGAGUUUCACGUCUACAAUGCGUACUGUCUCGAUUACGACGCGAGAGAUGGGUCGAUGCUGGCGUACGUUUGCGUCUCGGAGGUGGAACUCUUGCCGGACGUCAUUGCCGGCCAGUUGGUGAUGCUGACGCUGUGCCUCAUUAUAGCGGUACCACUGUUGCUGGUGACGGCCAUUCUGUACACCAUCGUACCCGAACUGAACGAUAUCCACGGGAAGGCGCUGGCCAUGAAUUGCGUCAACUUUGCCGUCGCGUUGCUGCUGGAAACCUUUUUCCAGCACCGAACCCACGGCAAACGGGCGGAUUCGGAUGAGAUUGUGUUGGAAAGCUACGCCGAGUACUUCAUACUGGCCACGUUCUUCUGGCUCAUGGUGAACCUGGUCAACAACUGUCUACACGCUUGGUAUUUUCUACCACGUGACCGAGACCAGCGAGGAGAAAAAAUCCGAUUCGCUAUCUACGCUGCCGUGGCCCAGUUGGUUCCGCUUUGGAUCAUUUCAAGGUUUGCUCCAAACGCACACAGCGUACGCGUCGUGAAGAACUAUUUCUUCAUAACGAUCAUCAUCACGCUGAUCCUCAACACGAUAAGUCUUUUCGUAACAAUCGCUGGCCUGCGGCGGGUCAUAGCGCUACACCACAACUAUAAAGAUAUCCGACACCGUUUGAUAGCAGCCAAUCGUACGUCGGAGAUAUCUUCCCUUCCCAAGAUACAGUGUGACCGAUUAAACAAGGUUAUUUAUAUAAAUAAGUACACCACUCUACUGUUUCUGGUGAUGGCCACCGUUUGGAUCGUUACGAGCGUCACCUACUACACGACGGGCGAGAUUCCGAUCUUUUUCGACAUCCUGUUCGGUUUUCAGGGCAUUUUCAUCUUCCUAAUCUUUGUCUGUAUGCGCAAACCGUUCCGCGCUGUUCAGAACUGGUUCUUCCGCCAUGGCUACUGCACCAGUUGUUGUUACAACGACGGGAAACCACAGUCACCAAAUAACCGCCGCGAACCAAUGAUGAUGGCCCGUUCCGUGCCAAACGGCGAGCCUGUCAUGACGGUCCUUCAGCCACUGAUGAUGAGUCCCGCACGGUCCAUAUCGACGACGGAAUCGAUACCGUGCACGCCGGGCGGCGCAGAGAGCGGCAAACGGCGGGUUCGAAGCAAAAAUCCUUUCAUGUACGUGGCGCACGAACCCGGUACACAUCAUGCUCACGCUGCGCCUGAAUGAUAGAUUGCCAGAUCGCACACUGCCGCACACUACAAAAAAACUGAUACCGGUUUCUCGCUGGUAUCCAACGAAUACAAACUCUUCUCUUUCUAGCUUUACCUGUGUGGGUUACUAAUUUUAUAAGCACUACAAUACUGGUUCCAUACUGACAUCAUUCCUUUUCCGGAUCGCUUACUAUCCAUAAAAAUUCGUACAAAUAAUUUACAACACAACUGUCUCACUUCCAGAGGCGGUAGCACAGUAAGAUUAAACUAUUGUUCAUUUUCAUAAAGGUUCCUUUUAUUGGUCACAAUCGUCGAUGUGAAGAAAACACGGUUCCGUUAACAAGAUGCACAAAACAAUAACAUUUAGACACGUUAGGAACGGUUUCAAUCUAAAAGGAUUUCGUAAACCGGCCGAAUGGUGGCCAUUUUGUAAGUCAAAUUGCUUUGCAGGCGUCGCGGAUUAACUUUGCGGAGAGAACGUUUCACUGUAGUGCAACUUGAAAACAAAACUGUGACACUGUACAAAACAACAAAAGGUAAACCACGGUGGCACCCCAUCUAGAACUGUACUUACUUUAAUAAAAAAAUAACAAGUUUUUAUAAAAUAAGCCACGGGCUUCGCACAAGCCGCAUCUACUGUGUCGCUAGCAGUACUACCAGAGCACACGGCAUCAUUUACUUUACAUACAACUCUAUGGUAAAAUAAAAACAAA